ACACGACCUCUGACUAUGGCAAGAUCGAAGCCAACGAGCGAUUCUGGCAGGACCACGCAUCCUUACACUACUUUGGCGUGAUGAACGAAGCUCUUUCUGUCACCGCAGAUCCUUCUCCCACUCACCCUCUAUCCCAAAUUUAUUUCCUCGAGAGCUACCGACUCCACUCUGGUGACUGGUACGACUUUGACAAGGCAGUCGAUACCCUCCGUCGUAUACCCAACCUGAAGCGCGUCACUGUCCCCACCUUUUUGAAUAGCUGGCCUGCGCAACAAAAAGAAAAGAUGCUGGCGUUAUAUCAGCAAGAGACCCUACGCAAGGUCGAGUUUGCGCACCAUUAUGGCGUCACAAUGUCUUACGAAAGGCGAAGGACCUAUCCCGACAUCCCUCUACCCGAACUCAUCAUUGGUGGAACCCUCGAGGGCAUGGUCAUGACAUGCUUUAUCUACCACAAGUUGACUGGUGGAAAUGCGCUCACCGAAUCUCUCAUGCCUCAUUUGAUCACAUUAGAAAUCGCGGCAGUCGCCUUGACUCUUAUUC